UUUAUUGCUACAAUAUUUUAUCUAACACAUAAUUUUUCUUUCAGUGCCGUCGGUAAAACAUGUCUUUUAAUCAGUUACACGACCAAUGCGUUUCCCGGCGAAUACAUCCCGACCGUUUUCGACAACUACUCAGCCAAUGUUAUGGUCGACGGAAAACCUAUAAAUCUAGGUCUAUGGGAUACGGCAGGUCAAGAAGAUUAUGACAGACUACGACCUCUAUCCUACCCGCAAACCGACGUAUUUUUAAUAUGCUUCUCUCUUGUCAAUCCGGCUUCUUUCGAGAACGUUAGAGCUAAGUGGUAUCCGGAAGUACGACACCACUGCCCUAAUACGCCUAUUAUCUUAGUUGGCACAAAAUUGGAUUUGCGAGAUGAUCGAGUCACUAUCGAAAAGUUGAAGGAUAAAAAACUGUCACCCAUAACAUAUCCACAAGGUUUGGCGAUGGCGAAAGAAAUCAGUGCUGUAAAAUAUCUUGAAUGUUCAGCUUUAACGCAAAAAGGUCUAAAGACAGUAUUCGACGAAGCCAUUCGGGCAGUACUCUGUCCAGUAAUGCAGGUGAAACAGAAACGUAAAUGUUCAAUCUUGUAAUUAUAACAAAAUAUAUAAAUAUUAAGCAAAAAAAGUGAAAAUAAAAAAUUGUUGUGUUAAUUUUGAACCGCGUUGCAUUGGAAAAAUGUUGGGAUAUAGUAAAUAACAAUUUUUUACAUGUGUUUUUGUACUUACAUUUCAAAAACAGAAUGUCAAUGGGUUCAAAAUUAUUUAAAAAAAAUUGUAUACCGCAAAACUUUUUGGAUUUCAUUUCUGUGAAAAGUAAACUGACCUAGUAUAGUGUUAGUCGAUGGAUUCGAACAUUACAUCACUAUUUCGUAACUAAAACACCAAAAACUACCGUUUUUUAAGUGUUCACAAAGUUUAGUUAACGAAUAGUAUUCAUUGGAUGGAAUUUUUACGUCAGGCAAACAGAGAGAUCAUUUAAACGACGCAUAGAAGAGCACAAGAGUUUAUUACAACACAAAUCCACUUUAGCACUUCACGUUACACACUACACAUUUAGAAAACAAUGGUUUUUGGUGUUUUAUAUAUGCGGUGGCUUUACAUACGUGGUGGAAAAUUAGUUGCGUGUAAAAAAUCCACCUGUAGAUUUCACAGAAAAAUCUUCAAAGCUUUGUAGCAUAUUCCAAAAGCACAAAAUAAAAUAAGAACCGUGCAUAUAUGUGAUUAUUUGUUUUUUUGAAUGAUUUUUAAGUAUAUUGCGAAGUUGUUUAUAAUUCUUUCUUGCAUUUAUCGGUCUGUCCGCUCCAACUGCCUCCUCGUUCUCUUAAAGCACACGUUAGACAGUUUUAUUGAUCGUUUACACUACAGUUACAUCGAUUACAUGUUCAAUUUUAUGCUGUCCUAACCGUACAGCGUUCCUAAUAUUGCGAACAAUACAGGGCUUCGUUUAGCAAUAGCUUCAUUAGAGGUACCAAGAUCUUAUAAGUCACGCCACACACAUAACCUAAUAUAACCUAACUUUUUAUGUCAUCCAGUUGUGUCAAACUUUAAAUGACCUCAUACAGUACAGAUAACAUAAUGUUUUACAUGCUGUUUAGUCAAGACACCAUAUUUUCCACAUAUACGAGAACAUUUUCACAUUAAAAAUGCUGUCAAAAUAAAAUUUUCUUUCAUUGCCUUCGAAAAAUUACGUUUUAAUUAAUUUAUACUUAUUAUUUCCGAUUUUAUUGUAAUCCGAAUAUGUUUAUGUAAGUUAGUGACGUUAAAUUGUAUAUGAACUCCAAAUGAAGCAAUUAUUUCAUUAAAAAUGUCUUAUUUCAAGUAAUUUGGAUGAAAAUUCAUUCACCGUGACUGCCAAGCUUUAAAUUACCUCAAGUAACACACAUAACCUAACUUUUUAUGCCAUCCAGUUGUGUCAAACUUUAAAUGACCUCAUAUAGUACACAUAAUCUAACAUUUUACAAGUCCUUCCGAUGUAACUCUUUGUUUUCCAUUCAUAUUUUUGGAAGAAAACAUUUUUACAUUAAAAAUUCUGCCAAAAUGACUUUUAUUAGUUUUUUGUUUUUGCUGACUAACAUUUUGAAGUUAUUUAGGCAAUUCAUAACAUGACCUAACUUUUUAUGACCUCCAGUUGCAUACAAGUGUUACUCCAAAAGUGGAAAUGCCCAAAUGCUCCAAAUUUGUCUAGCAAAUAUUGAGAAUUUGUAAUAGCUACAUGAUUUUUUUUAAAUUUGUCAUCCAAUAUAGAUUCUCUUCAUGUACAGCAAAACCUUAUAAAAUCAUUAUUGGAUGACCUCUCGAAAUUAGUAAACUAGUUAAAUUUGAAAACGAGGAGACAAACAAAGCCCGUCAGACUUCAUAUAAAUAUAUAUAUCUAAUUCUUUAGUGGAUAUUGAUAUUGACGUCAAUAUAUAAGAAAAAUAAGAUUGUUAACUUGCCUGGCUAAAUUUUAGGUAAAGAGGAAAAUGUGUUCAAUAAACUUAUGAGCCUACAGGUGUAUACAGCCAGAAAAUAUUUUUUGUUCGAAUAAAAAAUGGUUUUUGGUUUAAUUUUUAAUAGUAAAGAUGUUGGCAGUGACAUGUUUCAAUGGAAAUAUUAACCAAAGAUGAUUUACGGGACGAAGAACCAUGUAAAACCUUAUUGAGUCGGAAGUCAGUGAAGUUUGUGGUAAUUUCUCCCAUGCAUGAAGUAUUUGAGUGGUGUACUUAAUUGAUAUUUCUGUAUAUUACAGGAUUAAAGAUCAGAGGGUAAAAUUGGGGAUCAAUUUGCUAAAAGUAUGCAAUAGUAAACUAUAGACCUUUUAAUGACUUGCUUGUCAGUUUCAGUUUGUACUAAUACUCCCUCAGAAGUUUACGAUAAGUCAUUUAAACCAAAAACCAUUUUUCCAUAACAGUAGAUUCUUUUCAGAAUGAAGUUUCAGGUCUUAUGUAGAGUAUUAGACGACUUUUAUUAAUGUACAUAUAAAACGAGGCACUAUUUAUGGCAUAUACAGUCAUACUAUUGGUAAAAUAUACAGACUUGUGCUGUUAAGACCAAAAACUACAGCCAUGCCAUAUUCACUGGCUUUAUUGGUCGUGGCAAUGACUUAGCAACAUUUAAUCUCUUAACCUUCGAUAAAUAGAUACUCCUGCAACUUCAUUCUGAUAAUUUUAGUGAAAUCUAUUUGAUCUGGCUUAUUAAAAAGUUAGACCACCACUAUAACAAAUUUAGAGGUUCCCUUGAUUUCUUUAGACCUAUGUUAUUUAUUUUUUAAAGGAUAGAGAAUGCCAAUUUGUGAGAUUAUUUCUUGCAGCUAUAUUUUAUGAGAUUUUUAUGUGGCGUUUUUCUAUUUACAUAUGUGAAUGUGUCAAAAUAACUGUGUUUUUCAACAAAUAACAAAAACAAAGUACAAUAGUACUAGAGAUUAUAAACAAAUAUGUAUAGUGCAUCUAUUCCUAAUUGAAUGAACAAAAUAUGAUGCAACCUAAUAUUAAAUACAACCUUACAUACGUUUUUUAUUUCCUAAUCUGAAUAAAAAUGUGUUUUAUUGUGAUUAAGAGAAAUUCUUCAUCCUGAAAGUAAUUGGGCGCCAUCACCUCUUUUAUUGAGGCAAAUAGGGCUUUAUUCGAUCUCAAUUGCUUCUCGGAAAUCUUUGGUUUAUCGAAACGGAUGAAGACUACAGUUAUUGAACUUUCAAAAUCAAUUUUGUGUCCUGUAUGGAGUCUCAAACAUGUUGGGAAGAUUUCUUCACUUCAUCUGGAGCUGGAAAGAAGUGUAUGACACUUCUCACUUCUACAUGAUAGAAAGAAAACUUUUGGUUGAGUGUAUAGGUUCUUAAAAGACCUGUUUUUAUUGAUGUCACCUGUCGUUGAAGCUCAUUGUUAAAAGAUAACCAUUAUUUAGCUGUGGAGUCCAUGUUUGAUUAGUUAGGAAUAUACAGCUAUACAUAUUUUGUGCACUAUGUACCAAGUCUUCGUAAAUAAAUUUGUUACAUAAAACAAUAAAGUGACAUCCUAGUUUCAAACAUAAGGAAAUGAGGAGAAGAAGAAGAUAAUUAGAAAGAAAUAGAUGUCUUAAAUGGUAGGAAAUAGUGUCAGUUUUAGUAAUUAGUGCUAAAAUAAAUGGAUACAACACAGUUGACUAUAAAUUUUGAUUGUAUGUUGCCAAAUUUAUGCCAAUUAGGAAAAUACAAAUGCCACUAUUGAGAAUAGUAACAAAAGUAUUGUAGUGUCCUUUCAGGUCACUUUAUUAAUAGAUUAAUACCAUAAGAAGCAUCAUAUUCAAGCAUUUGAAAUGAUGUAGACGUUGCAUAGCAUAUAAAAAUAAAAAAAUUGGUGUUCUCUAUUUUUUCUAAUCAAACUAUUUUGGAAAUUUACUAUAUUAUAAUUACGUUAUGAUUUGUAGUGGUGAAUUUGGAUUCUACAGAAAAAGUAUUUUUUAUAGAACACUGAAAGUAUGUUAAAUUUUAAUUAAUAAUAUUAUUAAUUGGA